UCAAAAAUGGAAACCAUAGAAAGCGAUGAUGGAUUUUAUUCAGAAGGAGUCCGAGCUGAAGGGAAACACGAUUCAGCAGGUAGACAGAACUCCAAGAACAAAGACUCUGAAUCAGCAGGAAAGUCUCAAUUUAAUCUUUCACAAGUAAAUUUAUUUCUUCACUGUUGACACUCUGCUUUCUGUUCAGAGUUUGAUGUCAGGUUGGUGGGAGGAGCCAGUCACUGUGCGGGUACACUGGAGUUGAAACAUCUGGGAGAGUGGAGACCAGUGGAUUUCGAUGGGUGGACCAUGAAUGCAGCAGCAUCUGUCUGUGCACAUCUGGACUGUGGCUCUCCUGUUGUCAUAGACCAAACACGUAGCUCUGCAGACAGACCUGUGUGGAAAAUCAGAGAUGGCUGUUUUUGGAGUCGAGGUUCUCUGAGAGGGUGUACAUCAUCAUCGGAAUCACCUGUCAUCACAAAAGUUAACUGUUCAGACUCUGUCAGGCUGCUGAAUGGUUCCAGUCUGUGUUCAGGCAGACUGGAGGUGAAGUCUAACCAGAGCUGGGCCUCAGUGUGUGAAGCUGACUUUGACCAGCAGGAUGCAGAGGUGGUCUGUAGGGAGCUUGGCUGUGGGCCUCCUGCAGUCCUCCAGGGGGCGCUCUAUGGAGAAGUGGAGGCUCCAGUGUGGAGCAAAGAGUUCCAGUGUGGAGGCCAUGAGUCUGCUCUCCUGGACUGUAGAAGCUCAGGCUCAGCUAGAACCAGCUGCUCACCUGGCAAAGCUGUUGGACUCACCUGCUCAGAGCCUGUCAGGUUGGUGGGAGGAGCCAGUCGCUGUGCAGGUACACUGGAGCUGAAACUUCUGGGAGAUUGGAGACCAGUGUAUGGCUCUGAUUGGACCCUGAAGGAAGCAGGUGCUGUCUGUCAACGUCUGGACUGUGGCUCUGCUGUCUCUGCACAAGCGAGAAAUGAGACCAACUCCAAACUUUCAUGGGGGAUCUAUAGCCAGAAUGUUGCAUUUCAACCAGAUCUGAGGGAACUUCCAGCAUCAACAUACAUCACUAACGUCUUCAUCAAUCUCACCUGUUCAGACUCUGUCAGGCUGCUGAAUGGUUCCAGUCUGUGUUCAGGCAGACUGGAGGUGAAGUCUGACCAGAGCUGGGCCUCAGUGUGUGAAGCUGACUUUGACCAGCAGGAUGCAGAGGUGGUCUGUAGGGAGCUUGGCUGUGGGCCUCCUGCAGUCCCCCAGGGGGCGCUCUAUGGCGAAGGUGAGGCUCCAGUGUGGAGCAAAGAGUUCCAGUGUGAAGGCCAUGAGUCUGCUCUCCUGGACUGUAGAAGCUCAGGCUCAGCUAGAACCAGCUGCUCACCUGGCAAAGCUGUUGGACUCACCUGCUCAGAGCCUUAUGAUAUCAGGUUGGUGGGAGGAGCCAGUCGCUGUGGAGGUACAGUGGAGCUGAAACAUCUGGGAGAGUGGUUCCCACUGGAUGGCUUUGAAUGGACCGUGAAAGAAGCAGCUGUUAUCUGUCAACGUCUGGACUGUGGCUCUGUUCUCUCUGUAAAAAAGACAGAGGACUCCUAUUCCAAACAGUCAUGGUUGGGUCCUUGGCACUGUGUUCAGUCUCUGUCUGAUCUGAGGGACUGUGUGAUACCAGGAUUCACUUCCAGGGUCUACCAUUUCACCUGUUCAGACUCUGUCAGGCUGCUGAAUGGUUCCAGUCUGUGUUCAGGCAGACUGGAGGUGAAGUCUGACCAGAGCUGGGCCUCAGUGUGUGAAGCUGACUUUGACCAGCAGGAUGCAGAGGUGGUCUGUAGGGAGCUUGGCUGUGGGCCUCCUGCAGUCCCCCAGGGGGCGCUCUAUGGAGAAGUGGAGGCUCCAGUGUGGAGCAAAGAGUUCCAGUGUGGAGGCCAUGAGUCUGCUCUCCUGGACUGUAGAAGCUCAGGCUCAGCUAGAACCAGCUGCUCACCUGGCAAAGCUGUUGGACUCACCUGCUCAGAUUCUUAUGAUAUCAGGUUGGUGGGAGGAGCCAGUCGCUGUGCAGGUACACUGGAGCUGAAACUUCUGGGAGAGUGGAGACCAAUGAGUGGCCGUCUUUGGACUGUGAAUGAAUCAGCUGUUAUCUGUGAACAUCUGAACUGUGGCUCUGCUGUCUCUGUAGAACAGAGAAUAGAGUUCAGUUCCAAACCUUCAUGGGACAUCAGAGAUGGCUGUACUAAGUCUCUGUCUGAUCUGAGGGACUGUCCAAAAUCAAAAUUCACUUACAUCUCCUACCAUUUCACCUGUUCAGACUCUGUCAGGCUGCUGAAUGGUUCCAGUCUGUGUUCAGGCAGACUGGAGGUGAAGUCUGACCAGAGCUGGGCCUCAGUGUGUGAAGCUGACUUUGACCAGCAGGAUGCAGAGGUGGUCUGUAGGGAGCUUGGCUGUGGGCCUCCUGCAGUCCUCCAGGGGGCGCUCUAUGGAGAAGUGGAGGCUCCAGUGUGGAGCAAAGAGUUCCAGUGUGGAGGCCAUGAGUCUACUCUCCUGGACUGUAGAAGCUCAGGCUCAGCUAGAACCAGCUGCUCACCUGGCAAAGCUGUUGGACUCACCUGCUCAGAGCCUGUCAGGUUGGUGGGAGGAGCCAGUCGCUGUGCAGGUAGACUGGAGCUGAAACAUCUGGGAAAGUGGAGACCAGUGAUUGGCUCUGACUGGACCCUGAAGGAAGCAGCUGUUAUCUGUCAACAUCUGGAUUGUGGCUCUGCUGUUAGCAGUUAUAGACAGAGAGAGGGGGUCAGCACCGUCAAGUUUCAUGUGUGGGUGAUGACACCUGACUGUGUUCAGGGCGGAUCUGCUCUGGGGAGCUGUGCAGUAUUUAAUUACUCUCUUUUCAUCACACAUAUCACCUGCUCAGACCUGCUGAUUCAGCCAAUCAUUUCUGGAUCCUCCAUGGACGGGGUCUCUGAGGCCCAGCAGCAAGGGCUUCAGGUAUCCAGAAGCUCCAACUUUACCAUCAGCUGUUCCAUCCAGCCACAGUUCCCAGGAGGCUUCUUCCAGCUCACCUUCAACGAAGAAUACAAAUACAUGCAGGCAGCUGUCAAUCACUCUGCCCACUUCCUGUUUCCUCCAGCAGAGCCCGCCCACCAAGGAAGUUACAGCUGUGUUUAUCACGUUUACGUUUUUUCCCAUAACUUUUCAUCUGAGAGCCGCCUGCUGUCUGUCACUGUCUCAGAUCCCACAGGUCUUAUCAUCAGAGUGGUCCUCCUGCCGCUGAUUCUGCUGUUGGAGAACGUUGUCUUGUAUUUCUACUGUAAGGUCAGCAGGGGGCGAAAGUCACGCAGGCGGGAGCACAUUGAGCUGGUGGACCGUAAACUCAGUGUUUGUGCAGCUGAAGGAGGGCCGGCUGAAGAAGGAGCUCGUGGAGAAGAGGAGGACGUCCCAGCAGCUCAUCGGACAUCCCGAUAAAUUUGAGAGCAGAAACAGAAGCGAUCGUCAGCUCAGUCAAGGAUCUGACUUUAACCACAAGACUGUAUAUGAACAUGCACACAUUUUGGGUCUGAAAAUGAAACCACGCCUUAAACCUGCAUUCCUUCUAAUGACCAGCAGGAGGCGACUGAAGUCCUAUUGUAGAGAAGUCUAUGAGAAAAUGAGCCUACUGCUCAGCUGAUCAUCAGUGAACAUUUUCCUGAUGAGUUCGUGGUCUCAGUCUCUAGUUUUAAGUCUGUUGGGGUUGCAUUUUUUAGCCAAAGAAUAAAAUGAAAAACCAGCGCUGGACAAAUGAUGGAGGCCAACCUGCAGCACACAGACUCUGUUUACGUGCAGAUAGUGGCAGCAUAAAGAUGUUCAGGUUAGAGAGGAACAGAGGGGAGGGAGA